AAUCCCUUAGCCUUGGCUGCAGCACGGCCUUAGGAUAAACUGACAUGUAGACUACUGCUACUCGGACUUGUGCAAUUUUUAUUUUAAUUUGCUUUGUUGUGAAGUCAUUUUCAUGCAAAGGGAAUGCUAAGUCAGGUUCAGCAUGCAGCUCUGUGCAGAUCAAGGAAGGUAGGAAGCUUUCAUCACUUCUGUUGAGGCUUUAAACCUGAAACCUAGGCCAUAAAAGCCUGCAGUUUCCUUCAGACACCUGGAGUCCAGCAGACUGCAACACACACCUCUUGGGGAGGAUUAUGCCAUUAUAGCUGACAACUUGAGUUUCUUCAGCGUACGUCAGCUACAAGGCAAAGUCACUCCUGCUCCCCUUACAACCUUCAGGAACCAUGGAUGACCCGUAUCAAAACAACGUGAACCAGCAGAUGACAGAAGGUGGAGAAUACACCUAUACCCAAGAUGGAAGCGGUCAGGAUGGCUACCCCUACCAAACGGACUACCCUCCACAGGAAGAAGAUGCUGCUAGUGAUGCCACAGAGGGGGCAGAUGAUGAUGAGCAGAUGUACGAGGGGGAGUACCAGGGGAUUCCUCACCCAGAUGAGAUCAAGGAGGCACGACGGGCGGCAAGGUUGGAGGCCAGGAAGAAAGCCCGUAUGGCUGCACAGCAGGAAGAGGAGGAGGAAAACCUACCUGAGCAGUACGAGAGCAUCAUGGAGGAAUGUGGCCAUGGACGCUUCCAGUGGAUGCUGUUCGUUGUACUGGGCCUGGCACUAAUGGCCGAUGGCGUGGAUGGCUUUGUGGUGGGGUUUGUCCUGCCUAGUGCUGAGAAGGACAUGUGCAUAUCCAAUGCUGACAAAGGAUUGCUAGGUCUUCUGGUCUAUGUGGCUAUGAUGGUGGGAGCGUUAGUGUGGGGGGGUCUGUGUGACAAGAUGGGGAGGAGGAAGUGUUUGAUCUACGUCCUGGCCAUCGACCUGGUUUUCUCCUUCUUGUCCUGCUUCGCUCAGAGCUAUGGUUUCUUCCUCUUCUUCAGGUUCUGCUCUGGCUUCGGCAUUGGCGGCUCCAUUCCCAUAGUGUACACCUAUUUCACUGAGUUCCUGCAGAUGGAUAAACGUGGUGAACAUCUGAGUUGGCUCUGCAUGUUUUGGAUGCUCGGAGGCUUGUAUGCAUCCUUCACUGCCUGGGGGAUCAUCCCUCACUAUGGUUGGGGCUUUGCCAUCGGCUCAGAGUUCCAGAUGCAUAGUUGGAGGUUGUUUAUCCUGGUAUGUCUCUUCCCUGCCCUCGCUGCACUUGUCGGAGUCGUCUUCAUGCCCGAGAGUCCUCGAUUCCUCUUGGAGAAUGCCCGACAUGACGAGGCAUGGAUGAUCCUGCGUCAAGUUCAUGAUACCAACUGGAAAGCCAAAGGGGAGCCUGAGAGAGUGUUCACUGUGACCAACAUAAAGACCCCACAGACUCAGGAGGAUGAGUUCAUAGAGAUCCAGAGUGAUACCGGUACUGCCUUCCAGCGCUGGACGGUCAGACACAUGACCAUGUUACAGCAGGUGAUGGCUAAUAUCAUGUCUCUGUCAGCUCCUGAGCUCAGACUGCAAGGCCUCUUCCUGGUUAUCGUCUGGUUCUGCUUGGCCUUCAGCUACCACGGUUUGGGAGUGUGGUUCCCAGACAUGAUAAAGUACAUGCAGUAUGAGGAGUACGAGUCCAAGGUACGAGUAUUCCAUCGAGAACGGGUGGAACGCUUUCACUUCAACUUCUCACUGAUCAACCAGAUCCAUCGUGAAGGAGAGUACAUCCACGACAAGUUUGCAAAUAUUGAAAUUAAGUCUGUGAAGUUUGAGGAUUCCCUGUUUGAGAACUGCUACUUUGAGGAUGUCAAAUCAACGAACACCUUCUUUGAGAACUGCACCAUCAAAAACACUGUCUUCUAUAACACAGAUCUCUGGCAGGAAAAGUUUAAAGACUGUCGAAUGGAGAACACCACGUUCCUCCAUCCAAAGAAAGGCUGCCAUCUGAACUUUCAGGAGGAGAACGACAUCGUAAUCUACCUGGUCAGCUUCCUGGGCAGUUUAGCUGUGUUGCCUGGCAACAUCAUCUCUGCGCUGUUCAUGGAUAAGAUAGGAAGGAUCAGAAUAAUAGGUGGAUCGAUGUUGGCGUCGUCAGCCUGCACUUUCCUGUUGCUGCUGAGUUUCAGUCAAGGAGCUGUUAUAUGUUGGCAGUGUCUAUUCUAUGGUGCCAGUGUGGCGGCCUGGAAUGGACUAGAGGUCAUUUCUGUGGAACUUUACCCCUCCUCUAAAAGAGGGACAGCGUUCGGAAUCCUGAACGGGAUCUGUAAAUUCGCAGCCAUUGUCGCCAGCUUCAUCUUUGCCGCUUUCAUCGGCAUCACUAAAAUUAUCCCCAUCUUCCUGGCCUUCUCCGCCCUCGUCUGCGGAGGCUUCGUGGCUCUCAAGCUGCCCGAAACCCGGGAGAAAAUCCUCUCUUGAAAAGCCAAACUGGUGCAGCCUUUGGGCCCAGAAACACAGUUAAAGCUAUUGGGGAUUUGUUUGGAAAAGUCACAGGUUAAAUUCAGAUGGAGACAUGAGGAAGAAAGGCCAUGCUGCGCUAGCUGUGUGUUUGAGUUUGUCAUGGUUGAUUAAAAUGUUGAAAACCUGUUUGGUUGCCUACAUGAACCUUUGGUUGCUUUCCAUUCCCUCUGUGAGCUCCUCAGGCUGUCUUCUGUUACUGUCAUGUCAAAAAAAAAAAAAUAGUGUUUGUCAUCUCCCUUCUUAAAAUGUACUACUCAUCCUCUGUGCAUACACAUACACACACUGUAGUGAAAUUAGUUUGUUUUAAGUUUGUUUAAAAGCAAGAUUAAUAAGAGAUGAAAAUGUAUCGGUGCUUGGAAGGUGAUAUAGUUCAUGUUACCAUGUUGUGCUUCAAUUUCAUUCCCUGUUGGAGAGAAGAAGGAGAAGAAGAAGAAGAAGAAGAAGAAGAAGAGAGGGGUCUUAUAGUAAUAAUAACUUGAAUUGGAUUUGAAUCCUGUAGUAAUCACUGCUGAAGCUCAGCAGCAAUAUUACCACCUGUGUUGUUAUUUAGAGAAAACACCUCUUUCAUUCACCCAGUUUUUGUUUAUUCUCCUCUGUCGAAUUAGACGAAUCAGUUCUUUCUAGUUGUUUUCUCUCGGAAUAAACCAGGAUGGACCAUUUUAUUAAAUAUGGGAUCUCCAUCAAAUCCCCUCCUGUUCAUUUCUUCCUGCUGAUCCAACCUGAACAGCCCGGAUUCUCCUCCUGUUUGUCGUCUUGUCCUCCGUUCUGAGCCGUUGUGUCCAUCUUUAAUUGUAGAACUGUGUUUUGUAAGUCAUGAUAAUGUAGAAUCAGAGUCUUAUCUGUCAAAUCUUGCCAUGAUGUAAUGUAAGGAACUGUUUGAUUUGUUUAUUUAUUUUUUCUUAAGAAAAAAAAAGAGUGAAUAAUACAGAACUGUGAGAUUGGAUGUUUUGAUAUUAUGCUCUUAUUUUGACGUUCUGAUGAAGAACAGUUUUACAGAACCUGCUGAAUUUCUGUCAACUUGUGUUGAGAUUUCUAAGGAGUGUGUUACUUUUUUUGGCAUGACUGAGCUGUAUGUUUGUAUGUAUGCGUGUGCGGUUAUCAUCCAUAUGUCUCUGAGGUUACUGAAAAGCAGUAGUCUGACCACAAAUACUAUUGUUGUUGUACAGACUGUAGGCCUGUGUAUAUUAGUUGUAAAAUAGUAGCUCCAUCAUGACUUGAAUAAAGAUGAGAUCGUAUGAUCCAAGGUCCUGGAUACAAAUAGAUAUAAAAUGUGAAAUAAAGAUGUGAAACAGUGUGUA